AUGCAACAUUCCAUUUUUUCCAAAUGUUUUGCUUCAUCUAGCCGAAUUCUUCGUCCUACAAUCCGCCCUUCAACCUUAAAACAAACAUGUGAUGUAUUUAUCAAUCAUAGAGGGAAUGAUACAAAACGGACUAUUGCUGGUCUUCUAUACCAACAUUUAUCUGACCUCGGAUACAAUCCAUUUUUAGAUAGUAAAAGUAUGAAGCCAGGGGACAAUCUUUAUAAAAAGAUUGACCCAGGGAUUACAAAUUGUAAGAUUGGAGUGGCAGUAUUUUCACAACGUUAUUGUGAAUCAUACUUUUGUUUGCAUGAACUUGCAUUGAUGAUGGAGUGUAAAAAGAAGGUUAUACCCAUUUUUUGGAACGUGAAACCCUCGGAGCUCAGAGUAUUAGAUAAUAGGAGUUGUACUACCAAGGAACUAGAAAGAUUUCAAAGGGCUAUUGAUGAGGCCAAAAACAUCGUUGGACUAACAUUUGAUACUUCAAAUGGAGACUGGUCCGAGUUUUUGACAAGUGCAACAAAUUCGAUCAUUCAAUGCUUGCAUGAAGCCGAAGAAGAUGCUGAGAACCUCCAUAAACAUAAAAUCACCAAAUAUUGA